AUGAGCUGGGUCCGCCAGGCUCCCGGGAAGGGGCUGGAAUAUGUCUCUGAGAUUAGCACGGAUAGUAGCACCACACGCUAUGCAGACUCGGUUAAAGGGCGAUUCACCAUCUCCAGGGAUAAUUCCAACAGCCUCGUGUACCUGCAAAUGACCGGCCUGAGAGCCGAGGACACCGCCCGGUAUUACUGUGCAAGUUCCGGGUUCGCCUUCAGCAGCCACCGGAUGAGCUGGGUCCGACAGGCUCCCGGGAAGGGGCUGGAGUGGGUCGCCUACAUUUACAGCACCAGCAUAUACUACAGUGACUCAGUAAAAGGGCGAUUCACCGUCACCAGUGAUGACCCCAACAAGCCACCGCCGGGCUUCAGCUUCCCAUCCCGCCUGGGGACCGAGCCGCCAGCCGCAGACAUGACCCCCAGCCUGGCCAUCGCCUUCCUCCUGCUGCUCCCCGCGGGUGUCUAUUCCCAGGUCAGCCUGGUGGAGUCCGGUGGGGGAGUCAGGAAGCCCGGGGAGACCCUCAGACUGACCUGCACCGUGUCCGGAUUCUCUCUCACUAGCUACGAGGUGAACUGGGUCCGCCAGCCAGCGGGGAAAGGGCUGGACUGGCUGGGAAUUAUCUGGACGGGUGGGGGCACUGCUUAUAGCAAUGCUCUCAAAAAUCGCCUCAGCAUCACCAAAGACAACUCCAAAAGCCAAGUGUUCCUGCAACUGACCGGCCUGCAGCCCGCAGACACCUCCGUGUAUUACUGUGCCAGACACACACCCAGACCCGGCCGCUCACCCCGCUCAGAGCCAGCGCCGGGCUUCAGCUUCCCAUCCCGCCUGGGGACCGAGCCGCCAGCCGCAGACAUGACCCCCAGCCUGGCCAUCGCCUUCCUCCUGCUACUCCCCGCGGGUGUCUAUUCCCAGGCCAGCCUGGUGGAGUCCGGAGGGGGAGUCAAGAAACCUGGCGAGACCCUCAGACUGACCUGCACCGUGUCCAGAUUCUCUCUCACUAGCUACGCGGUGCAGUGGGCCCGCCAGCCCGUGGGGAAAGGGCUGGACUGGCUGGGAGUUAUCUGGAGUGAUGGAAGCAAUAAGUUUAAUGAUGCUUUCAAAAAUCGGCUCACCAUCAGCAGAGACACCUCCCAAAGCCAAGUGUUCCUGCAACUGACCGGCCUGCAGCCCGCAGACACCUCCGUGUACCACUGUGCCGGACACACAGUGAGGGGAAACCUAUUACAGCCCCCACUAAAACCAACCUUGCAGAGAAGCAGCCUUCCCGUGUGA